UAUCCAAAUUCCAAACUUGCUGACAAACACAAAUUUUUUUUACGUGUCCAUGGAAACCUCAGCCCAUACACGUGUCCUACAAAAACCCCCUCUCAUUUGACCGUUUCCCAAAAAAUAAUGAAUAAAAAUAAAAUUAAAAUAAAUCAAAACCGCCGCAAAUCAAGACACGUGGCAGCACCUGGUCCGUCAUCCGGAGGCAGUCCCGUGAGCUGACCCACAUUUCUCUCUCACCUAUUUAAAUAUUUUCUCCUCAAAUUUUGCUUACCCAACACAAAAAAAUCAAAAUUCCGGGUGCGAUUUCUCCUCCUCUCAAUUUUGAAUUCUCAAUUUUCAACCUCUCGAAAUUAAUUCAAUUUUUUUUUAAUUCUUUUUUCGGAGAGAGAAUUUUUUUUUGUUAGGAUCUCUGAAAAAAAAAAUCGCUCAACCAGAUUAUUGUGGCUUGAAGAAAUUCGAUUUUGCUUUUUUUUUUGCUUUUUUUUUUUUUUGAAUUCCCCAAAUUUCUGGUUUAUGAUUUGCUUCGCAUUUCAAAGACCUAAUAAUUUGAUUCCAAGCGAACGCCGUUUCCGAAUUAAGAUCGGUAUAAUUCCGAAAGGCAAAUUGGAAUUCAGUAGCGGAAUUCCGUUCACCGGAAAGUAUUCUCGUUUUUCGUCGAAGGUGAUACUCGAACCGCCUAGGAAGAGAAGAGGAGGAGGAGGAAGGAUGGUGAAGAGACCAAACGGCGACGCCGCCACCGUAAUGCUGACGUCAGGGGCGAGCGGUAGGGUUAAUGUUCUGCUUUCGCUGCGCGCGUUGAGGAGCGUGUGGCGGCUGAUCAGCGCGUUCUUCAUGAUUCUCCUGCUGCCGUUCCGCGGUAGGCGGCGGUGCAUGGUGGUGGGGGCGGCGCCGGAUUCGCCGGAGAAAGGCGGCGGGAGGGAAGAGAAACCCUCGGCGGCGACGGGGAAGGUGGUGAGGGUUCCCGCGGCGAUGGUGCCGAGGAAGAGCGCGGCGGCGGCUGUGGAUAAAGAGGUGGCGGCCCGGCGGGCGCUGGCGAUUAGAAAGGUGGUGGAGGAUAAUGGAAACGGAGACGGUGAGGAUACUGUGAGGGAGUUUUCGUUGUUUGUUACGUCGAGAGGCGACACCAUUUUUACUCAGUCAUGGACACCUGUUAAGGUUCAAGUAAGGGGACUGGUUGUUCUCUUACACGGUCUGAACGAACACAGUGGAAGAUAUAAUGAUUUUGCCAAGAAAUUGAAUGCAAAUGGCUUCAAGGUUUACGGAAUGGAUUGGAUUGGGCACGGUGGUAGUGAUGGACUUCAUGCAUAUGUUCAUUCACUUGAUUAUGCAGUUAAUGAUAUGAAAAUGUUUCUUGCCAAAGUUUUAGCUGAAAACCCAGCACUUCCCUGCUUCUGCUUUGGACAUUCGACCGGUGGAGCUAUUGUUUUGAAGGCAUUGCUCGAUCCCAAAGUGAGACAGCGUGUAGCUGGCAUCGUAUUGACUUCGCCAGCUGUCGGAGUACAGCCUUCGCAUCCAAUUUUUGCUGUGCUUGCUCCGGUUAUUGCAUUCUUGUUCCCAAGGUUUCAAUUCAGUGCAGCAAACAAGAGAGGCAUAGCAGUUUCUCGAGAUCCAGAGGCUCUAGUGGCGAAAUACUCGGAUCCAUUGGUAUUCACCGGAUCCAUUAGGGUGAAAACGGGCUACGAAAUCCUCCGAAUAACGGCCCAUAUUCAGCAGAACUUGACCCGUCUAACGGUCCCGUUUUUAGUCCUUCACGGCACAGACGAUUCGGUAACGGACCCCCAAGCCACACAGAAACUGUACGAUGAGGCCUCGUCGAGCGAUAAAACUAUCAAGCUCUACAAAGGACUGUUGCAUGAUCUUCUUUUCGAACCCGAGAAAGAAGAGAUAACGGAGACUAUCAUUAAUUGGUUGGAUAGUAGAUUGUGAUUAGUGAAUCCGGAGAUUCGAAUAACCACAAAAAGGUUAACGGUUACUUUUUAUUUCGCUCGAGCGAACGCCUUUCUUGAUGAAUAAUAUUUUUAUGCAGCUUUUGAGAUGCAAUGUAAUUUCAUCAAACAUCCAUAACUACUACUUGAAUAACUAGCCUUUUUGUAAUUGAGUUUUUUCCUCAGUCAAUCAAUGUAUGUAUGAAGCUCAGCUACAUUUGUAUCUA